AUGGAUUCAAACCCAAUCUAUAAUCAUGUCCAGGGCCGGUAUGGUGGGCUAGCUGAUCGCUCCGCUGCCUGCGAGCAGAGGAAGACCGAGCAAGCUAUUGCUCAAUCAUUCGGCUACGAUGCUGGAGAAUUGAGCUCAAUCCCCGCAGCUGCAAACCUUGGGGUCAGCUGUGGCAACCCCCUGGUUCUUGCAAACUUACGCGAGGGGGAGUCAGUGAUUGAUCUAGGCAGUGGAGGGGGCAUCGAUGUUCUUCUGGCUGCGAAGAAGGUCGGUCCUAACGGGAAGGUAAUCGGUGUGGACAUGACGAAGAGCAUGCUUGAGCUCGCUUGGAAAAAUUCCGCGGAAGCGGGCGCUACCAAUGUAUCCUUUAUUGAAGCCUCCAUCACGUCCAUUCCUCUGCCAGACGCUUCAGCCAACUGCAUUAUCAGCAACUGUGUGGUCAAUCUUGUACCAACAGCAGACAAGAAUGUUGUGUUCCAUGAGAUGUUCCGCUUAUUGAAACCUGGAGGUCGCGUUGCGAUCAGUGAUAUACUAACUCGCAAGAAACUUCCCGAAGAAGUUGUUACCAAUCUGUCUUUCUAUGUCGGGUGCAUCGCAGGGGCUAGCCAGGUUCACGAGUAUGAAGAGUAUCUUCGGAGUGCUGGAUUCAAAGAUAUCCUGAUUGUCGACACCCACAGUGAUAUCAAUGUGUACAAAGAUCUGGUGCAAGGGCAAAUGAACACCGGAGAAACGAGCUGUGAGUCUGGGGCUCCCUCUUGCUGUGGAGGAAGCCAAAGGCAGCCUCCGCCCGAAGCAGACCUGCUGGGUCAUGAUUUCAAUGAGUGGGCUGGUUCGUUUAAGAUUUACGCAGUGAAGCGCUAG